GUUCUGACUCUGUGUAGGCCGGUGGACUCUCGUUUGGAGCAUGUGGACUUUGAGAGUUUGCUGCAGUGGCUCAGUGUGACCAGACUCCUGCAGGUCUUCGCUUCUCUGCUGCUGGAGAGGAGAGUGAUCUUCAUCGCAGACAAACUCGGUGUCUUAUCCCGAUGUGCCCAUUCUGCCUUGGCGUUGCUGUAUCCCUUCACGUGGCAGCACACGUUCGUACCGGUGCUUCCUGCCAACAUGCUGGACAUAUGCUGCUCUCCCACUCCUUUUGUAAUGGGGGCGCUGUCUCCAUCUUUGCCUGAGGUGCUGGAUAUGCCCAUUGAGGAG